CAUCCUGUUGUGCGGGCGUCGCUGUUGCGGGAGGGUGACCGAGCGGUCAGCCGCAUCCUGUUGUGCGGACGGUCGCCGGCUCCGUUUCCUGGAGACCGCGGAGAGCUGUGUAUCACAGUGAGAGGCAAUGGCCACCACGCCGGUCCGAUCGCCGAGUAUCCAGCAAACGAGUAGGAUGAAAAAGGACGAGUCAUUUCUGGGAAAGCUGGGAGGGACACUGGCGAGAAGGAAAAAGGCCCGAGAAGUGAGUGACCUACAAGAAGAAGGUAAAAAUGCCAUCAAUGCUGCAUUGUCGCCAACACCUGCGGACAUCCACCCGGAGGAUACCAUGCUAGAGGAAAAUGAAGAACGCACGAUGAUUGAGCCAUAUUCCAAGGAGGAAGCAAAGUUUAAAGAACUCGUAAAGGUUCUAAUUGACUGGAUUAAUGAUGUUCUUGUUGAAGAAAGAAUAAUAGUGAAGUCACUGGAGGAAGAUCUUUAUGAUGGUCAGGUUCUGCAGAAAUUGCUGGAAAAGCUUGCGGGUCGUAAGCUGAAUGUUGCCGAAGUGACGCAGUCUGAAAUAGGACAGAAACAGAAACUUCACACAGUGCUGGAGUCUGUAAAUAAUCUACUGCGACCUCAGGGGUGGGCAGUCAAAUGGAGUGUUGAUUCGAUCCACACAAAAAACACAGUGGCCAUUCUUCACCUUCUUGUGGCUUUGGCCAUGCACUUUCGAGCCCCUGUUAGAUUACCAGAACAUGUCUCUGUGCAGUUGGUGGUUGUGCGGAAAAGAGAAGGGAUACUUCACACAUCCCACGUUACAGAGGAGUUGACCAGCACUACAGAGAUGAUGAUGGGGAGGUUUGAACGGGAUGCAUUUGAUACACUAUUUGACCAUGCUCCUGAUAAACUCAGUGUUGUUAAGAAGUCACUCAUCACCUUUGUGAAUAAACAUCUAAACAAACUCAACUUGGAAGUAACGGAACUGGAGACACAGUUUGCAGAUGGUGUGUACCUUGUGUUGCUUAUGGGACUUCUAGAAGAUUAUUUUGUUCCUCUGUACAACUUUUAUCUGACACCAGAAAGCUUUGAGCAGAAGGUCCAUAAUGUAUCAUUUUCCUUUGAGCUCAUGCAGGACGGAGGACUUAAGAACCCGAAAGCGCGGCCAGAAGAUGUUGUAAAUUUGGAUCUGAAGUCAACGUUGAGAGUGCUUUACAAUCUGUUCACAAGAUACAAAAACGUGGAGUGAUUGCCUGAAUAUCCAAGAUGUGUUCAACUGGAAAUAUCAUCAAUCAAUUGUCAGGACUGACUCCAAUGUAUCUGUGCCUUACCAAGCUUAUAUUAGUAAAGGUUUCUUGUUUAGUUUUAAAAUCUAUGAUAACAAUUUAUGAUUUCUUCAAUGAGCAGUGUUUUCUGUCUCUCUGGGUCCAUUUCCUCCUCUCAAACAGUUUCUUUAUUUAAUUAGAUGUUAUUCUGGUUUUCUUAGAGGAGUUUCAGGCAUAAUGCUAUUGACUUUUUCCCCCUUUUCAUUGUGUGUAUAUGGUAGGGCUCUACUGUCAUACAUGCUUCUUUAUGUGGUCCUUAAAUGGCCUGAUAUAAUUGAGAUUAAAAUGUAUAAUCUUUCUUUGUGACCUUCUGAGGUUUUAGCAGCCUUUCUGAACACAGACAUUUCUUCAGCUAUUGAUUCUGAUUGUAAGGAGAAUUGUAUAAGCAAUGAUUGACAAGGGAUGGGUACACUAAAUAUUUAAUGUAAGAGUAGUGCAGUGGGCCAAAGUCAAAGUAAACUGUGAAUGAAGUUACCACUUUUACUACAAUGCUAUUACUUUCAUGAAAAUGUUCUAAAAUUUUUUUCCCUUUAUUCAGCUUGCCUAUCAUCCACCCUUGGUCAAUUGGAGAUAAGAGUGAACAGGGGGGUAAUGAGCAUUGUUCUGGUACUGUGGCAUUUUGCUUAGUUCUCUUAAUGAGGCUUUUCAGAUGAAAGAAUGAGCAGACAUCCGAUCAAGUCUUGACAUUGUGAUAAAAGGCUCCACCCCAGAGUCAAAUAUCUCUUUACAGCACUGCAGAUGAGACUUAGAACUUGAAGAAGCAGCCAUUGGGACUUCUUGUACAUGCCACAGCAUUACUGUAAGCAGGGGUACCUUGUCACAGCACCAUAUAGUUAAUUCAUUAUUAAUGUAAUCAGUGAAUAAUAUGAUUGUUUGCAGUGAUAGAUCAUAAUUUACAGUUGUACAACCUACCCAUUAAUUUUAGGAAUAUGUACACAGUCCUUAAGGUUGAGAUAAGUAAACAAAUAUCAUUGAAGAAUAGCUGAUCGCGGAUCCAAAAAGUAAUUGUCACAAUUCAACAAAAGGACAAACAAUUAUUGCAAUUAUGUUAAAAUUUUAACCCAAAUACAUUUACUUUCUCUUCAAAUAUUUGGCCUUCAUGCUAUCUCUUGAGCCUAAGAAUUCCUCAUGUUGCUGCUGCAGUUUCCAAAUUUCGCAAAUCGUGAUCACAAGAUGUGAUUUGAGAGUAGUGAUUAAAUAUGUACUCAAAACUAAAUGUAAAAAGAACUUAGUCAUUUCAUUGUAUCAAUGUAUUCCGUUACAAAAUUUUGUUAACUAUUUUAAUUUGAAUAUAGAAGAAGAAAAUGAAAAUGAAUACUGCAGAGGAAACUGAAGAAUUAAUGUGUUCUUCAACCAGAUAGUGGUGCUAUAGCACAAGCAGACUUCACCAUGAAAUUUUGUUUCAAAAAAUCUUGAUAUUACAGAAAACCACCUAUUUUCAGGGUUAUCAAUAUAUCUGGUGUCAAAGCUCUAACACUUAGAAGUACAUUGAUGAAAUAUGCUCUGGAGUCAAAAUACUUAUUUUGAUGUCAUUGAUGGAAAGCAAAAAUACAUUGCUAAAGUUGUAGAUAAGAGAAAUCUUCCUACUUAUAAUCAAUUGCCUUUUCUCAUGUAGAUGAAGUCAUAAACAUGUUACCCACUGGCUGAGGGCUGUUAAGGAUUUUCAAAAUGCACACUUGUAUAAGGCUCUGAACUGCUCCAAGCUAGAGUGUGACUGAUUUUAGUGCUUUCCUCUUGCUGGAUGAUUGGUCCUUCCACAGUCAGGACUAAAAUUGAGGGAAGUGAUAUAAUUGAUUUCUCAUAAACCACAAUUGAAAUGUAGAAGGCUUUGUGUGAUCAUAGGACCUAAGCAAGGAAAAACUUCAGUUGCAGGGAAUACUUUCAGAAAUUAUGAACUGAAUGAAAUGUGCUCUAGAGUCAAAAUAUUUCUUUUGAUGUCAUUGAUGGAAAUUAUGAAAUUAUACAUGUUAACAGUUAUAUUUUUCUGCAAAUAUCUGUUUAUGGUUACAUUGUAAGCUCCUGUUUGGCAAGUUUUAUAUAUUUAUAAUUGAGAGACAAGUUUAAAAAAUCGAUACAGAAAGGCUGACAUGAAAAUAAUCUCAAAUGCAUUGGAGAAAAAUAUAUUGCUUACAAUUACAGCUAAAAUUAAUAGUGUGCAAAACAAGUACCAGCAGUAAUCAUUUUGCAGCCUUGACAAUUAAAAAAUAACGCUUUCUCAAUUGUAAUAAAAUGUUGCAAUAGCAUAAUAUUGCCAGCUGAGGUGCCAGUUGGAAAUUACUAAUCAACCGUAUACUUGCAGUGAUUAGCAGUAACUUAAUUGAAGUACAUUUUCAUAAAAGAAUUUUAAAUAUUGUUGGUAAGAUUUAGCUAAUUUUACACGGUAUAGUCACUGGACCCUUGCAUAUUACUUGAAAUUUGUACAUUGGGGCUGUUCCGAUCCCCUUCAGCUACUGCACUGUAUUGAUUCACUAGAAAGAUCAGUAAUGGAUUUUCUUUCUCCAAACCUCUAAAUUGUAAGUGAUUUCAAUGUGAGAGAUUAAUUUCUUUGCAAUGUUAUUUCCAAAUCAUGCUAUUUGUAUACUAAGCAUAAUCAUGAAUUCUAGCAAGAUGUCUCCAAUACCUAUGGAUUAACUCUAUUUCUCUUUCUGUUGAUGCUGAAUGAUCUGCUGUGGUUCCAGCUUUUUCAGUUUUUAUUUCAAGCAUCAUGGUUGAGCUGUUAUCUCUUCUUCUUAAAUGUCACUAAUGUAACUUUGUAUCUUGCUCUACAUCAGAUCCCAUUCACACAUCAUCCCUAUGCUCACUUAUCUGCAUUAGCUCCUGAUGUCUAAAUUCGACAAUUUUUGUAAUGCCUUUAAAUUGCUCCAAACCUUCACCCUUCCACAUCUUUGUAAGCUCGUAGAUGCUGUAUUGUACCCCCCCCCCCAAGCACUUUAAAGUCAUCUGACUAAUCUUUUGUUCAUUCACCUGUCUUAGCCUGGAGGUAGACUGCUUGAUUAUUAUGGGAAUUAUAAAUGUAGCUGAAAAAUAACUGAAGUAACCAACAGAGAGUUGCACUGUAAUUGGCAGAGCAGGUAGAAAUACUGCCUUACAAUACAAAUAAAUUCUGAUUUAAAGUGCUGCAUGGGCAGAAUUUGUACGUUCACCCUAUUAUAGCAUAGGCUUCUGCCAAAUACUCCAUUUGUUUCCCGAAGAUGUGCAUUGGUAAGCUGCUGUAAGUUACUCCUAUUGGGAGGAGAGUUGUGGCAAGAGAACUGCGGGAAGCAUAUGGAUAUGUGAAAAGGAAUAAAUUACUAUAGAACAAGUGGGCCAAAGGUUUGCUCUAAGACUCAAAAUGGACUCAUUGGGCCAAUGUGCACCUAUUUAAAAAGGAAAGCAACAUAUUAGCUUUAGAAGGGAAGAUAAUUCAAAAAGCAGUGUUAUUUGCUUCCCAUUAUGCUUCGCUGAACUCGUUUAGUUGUUUUCCUCUCUUCUUACUGAAAAACCUUUCCUCUCUAAUCUGGCUUCAGUUGCUCAAAGUUUUUUUCAUUUGAGCCAUUGAGAAUGACAGUAGGCCUUUCUUGUACCAUGUUUCAUUGAUGUCAAGGGAAGUUGUUCUCAGUUUUCCCCUUUUGGGUAAGAUUUGGUAAACUUAAGACCAAUGCAAUUUGUGGUUUUAGUCUGAUAAGCAGACAUGAGACUAAACCAAAUUAUAUGUGGUCUUCACCUAUUCUUGUUCACUUAGUCACUCUUGCCAGAAUUAAUCCAUGAGUCACUUUAAUGUGUUUGUGAUGAUACUAAAUCUUUUAAGGAACCCUCAACUUUAUCUAGAUAACUCAAUAUGUUUUUCAGGAAUAUAAAGAAAGGUUUCAGAAUCAUGGAGCAAAUUACUGAUGAUUCAGUUUUGCUGAAGGCUUAAAGCACCUGAUCUUUGCAGCUGUGUUUAUCAAUAGUGUCUGAUUUCUUAAAACACUCUCUUGAAUCACUUUGACGCAAUGUUUAAAAGGUUUAAGCAUCAGGAAUAUUUUUAGGUGCCUGAAACAGCUGUAAUUAAAAAUAUCAACAAAAUGAUGUCUAGGAAUCUGGUUAGAAUUUUUAAUUAAGUUGGGGGAGGGAAUACCUUUGUUAGAAGUUGGAGAAUUUUAAUUGUUUGUAUUUUCUUUAUCCUAGUGUGUAGCUGAUAUGAAUUCAGUUAGUAUUAAGUUAGAUAAUUUUAUUUCCAUGUUAAAUAUUAAGUGUAUUGUAUUUAUGGUUAAUUGAAUUUAAGUUUUGUUUGAACUCAAGCUGAAUUAAUCUUCCUAACUACAGAACUGGAGUAAGAAUCUUGACUUGACAUUGCUUGCUAACUUGUAUCUGUAACAGCAUGUUUGCAACUUUAUUUUGUAAAAUUAUAUAGAAUCCAUUUACAGAUAAAUUUUCUGAGACCUCACUUUGAUACUAAUAGUACAUUUUUUAUAGCUGUGAGAGAUAUUUUAAUCACUACCAAGUGUCAACAGUGUGCAGAUAGCUGGGCUACUGUGCACUCAACUGCGAUGCAAUGACUUUCAACUGAACUGUGUAAAAAUAGACUCAUUUUUAACUGAGCAGCUACAUCUUAUAGAGAAAUAUGUGGUUUGCUAAUGUCACUUCACUAAGGCAUGAGGUGUGAAAAGUUGAUGAACUGGGAAAUUCAAUUAAUAGUUAUAGUUCAGUAUUAUAAUUUAUUCAAAUUGUCUUUGCGAGGUGAACUUCAGUGCAAUAACCACUAUCAAUAACAACCUAACUGGAGUGUUUUAAUGUUUGAAUGGAAGAUUAUAUAUUUCAAUACAUUUUUCAAAAUUACAUUAAUAUGGCACAGGUGAAGUUCCUGGUCCAAAUAUCAAAUAAUCCUAAGAGUAAGCAUCUGUGUCACUAACUGCAGAUGUGUUUUGAGUUUGUUCAAAAUUUGGAGGUCUUCAUGGAAUUAGUAUUUGAUCGCUACCUUUGUCAUCCCAAUUACAGUACUGUCCAUGGAAUAUUUGCAUUUGUAAUGUCCUCAAUGUAUUCAUCUAAAUUUUCCAUUGUUAUUAUUUCCAUAUUAAUUUGGUGGUCUGUAGUUGGCAAUUAGCAAAGAGAAAUGUAGUUCUUAGAGAUGUUUUUCAGCGUGUUUGGCAUAGGAAUGGGAUUGCCAAGGACAAAUUUCCCCAGGUUAUCAUGAUUGAGUGGAGACCUAAAGAAGCAAUAAUCUUGAAUCUGCCAGCAUCUGUAGCAUUUUAACUUAGAUGAUUUCAUGCCUCACAUUACUUCUAGUCAGUGCAUAUUAAGAUGCUUUAAUCAAUUAAAUUCAAAUCUUUGGAUGUAAUCUGAGAUUGUAAAUUCCAUCAUAGAUUUAAAUACUGAUGUAUUCUUAGAUCUGUGCAUUACAGUGCUGAAAUACAUCAUGUUAGGUUAAAAAACUGCCUUUCUGUAUCCUGCUGAGUUGAAAUUUGGUCCAACUGGGUUUGCACAUAUUCAGUGGAAAACAGUUCUAAUUAACGAUAAAUCUAUCUAAUGUAAAAACCACUGAAUGUACCUUGCAUUAUGUGGUGAAUUUUAAUUGGAGAUUAAAGACAUUGGUAGCGGCAAUCUUGUUGCUCUGUUUUGGAUUAAAUACAGGCCUCUGCAAUAGUGCACUCUUAACUUUAUUCUACACUGAACCAAUGCUUUAACUUGCAUUUCUUGAUGAUAUUGGAACCAAAAAAGAAGUAUGUUUCUUCUCCUGGUCCUGAGGAAACUACAUAAUUGAGCAGUUGAAAGAAAAUGCCUCGUGUUGCUGGAAAAUUAUCAUUUUUCCCCCCUUUUUGGGAAGAAUUCCAUUUUAUAUUGAACCAUCCUAGAGAAGUGUUUGCCAAUUACUAGAAAAAUAAGGAUGUGGUUGCAGAGUUGUGCCUUCAUUUUAACAGCUGAUAAUUUAUUUAAUCUCAUGCACCUUUCAAUGACAAUGAUUGUCAUGUUGUUGAAAUUUUUUUUCUCUCUCCAAGGUGAUGCAAUCAUAUAUAUCAAGUCAGUAAAUGUUUGCAUGAUUACAGAAGAAAUACUGGGAGCAAACAAAACUGUGGUCAUGUGAUAGAAAAUUGAUGUAAGCAUGGUUGUCAAAGACUAACAGUUAUUUAUUCUAAUAAAUGUUUACUAGCAGCCAUAUGUUACCGUUUGCUUAUUAAAAUCCCACUGGCCUUACCCUUUGCCAGUUAAGAUGUGUGCUUUCCUUAUCAAUGUAAUCAAAAGUGAAGGAAAUGAAUAAACAGAACAUUGAUAUGCAUCAGAGUUCUUUUGCUGUUGCUAAUUAUUUUAACUGUAAGGGUUUGCAUUUAUUUGAUUUUGAGAUACAAAUGAUUUUCCCCUCAACACUUCCAAUUUGUGCCUCUGCUGAACUUGCAAAUGAUUUCACCCAGU